CAGGCAGAGUUGGGCUGCGCGCGGCGACAGUUGCAGUUUCAGAAGCGGCCGCGAUUCAGCGUCAAAAUGGGCGAAACAGAGAAGCAAGCCAGCGGGUCUGGUUCGACCUCCGCAAAGAAGGGUCUGCUGGAGCGUCUCCGAGACGGUGUGGUGAUCGGAGACGGCGGCAUGAUCUGUGAGAUGGAGAAGCGGUGUUAUGUGCAAACCGGUUACUGGACACCAGAAGUCUGCGUGAUGUACCCGGAGGCAGUGAAGGGGCUGCACCGGGAGUUCGCUCGUGCGGGCUGCGACGUGCUGCAGGCGCUCAACUUCUUCGCCAAUGAGAGCCUCAUGAAAGAACUGGGGGUGACGCAGACGGUCCAGGAGGUGAACAGAGCCGCCGUGCGGCUGUGCCGAGAGGUGGCUGAGGAGCGGGGUCAGCUCAUCACGGCUUCUCUGACGGCCACGCCCGUCUUCGAGAGCGGAUCGAAGGAUGAGGUGAUGGCCGCGUACAGAAGCCAGCUCAAGAUGAUCACCGAGGAGGGGCGUCGACUUCAUCAUGUGCGAGCGUAG